AUGGCCACAACCGCAACGAUUCACCCAAACCCGCCCCAGCGUUCCGACUCCGAUGUCUCUCCCAGAACAGUAAACCCUCCCAAGAACUCAGCAUCAGAAGACGCAAAGACCGAUUACUUCCCAGAUUCCAACACAGUCGAUGGGUCCAAUACUAGUGUCCGGGCCAGCGACGGUGACGAUUCAUCUGCUCGGAAGUCAAGCAUAUCCUUCGCACAAGAUCCUCGACGCAGCUCAAGCUGUGAAAGCAACCAAAACCCAGCACCAGGCCAGGACUCGUCGAUCCAAAGGAAAUCUUCCACCGGCUCUGUCUCUUUUCGUAGAAUGACAAAUCCUCAACUUCCCCAAGGAAAUCCUCAACAGAUGAGCAACAGUCGCAUCCGUGCGAGCUCGCCGAACCACUCAAGAUUCAACAAGCAUGUCGCAUUUGACAAUGUUACAGCCGGCGAACCGACCAAGAAUAAUGCUAUCUCAUUUACUCUCAAUGUUCGACAUAAGGGUUACCAGGCUAGGCGUAGGUCGCGAUGUUUCAUGGUUGGGGUUGACGAGCAUACCUACUCCGAUUAUGCGUUGCAGUGGCUGCUCGACGAACUGGUUGAUGAUGGCGACGACGUUGUUUGCGUGCGAGUAGUCGAAAAAGAACUGCGCCUUACGGACAAGCAGUACAGGGACGAUGCAGACUCGGUUAUGAAGGGAAUCGUUGCUAGGAAUGGCAAUAACAGAGCCAUCAACAUUGUCCUUGAAUAUGCCGUGGGCAAGUUGCACACGACUUUUCAACACCUAAUCCAAAUGUACCAGCCUGCAAUGCUCAUUGUGGGAACUAGAGGACGCACCCUUGGUGGUCUUCAAGGCCUGGUCAACACCCGCAACUCAUUUUCCAAAUACUGUCUCCAAUAUUCACCUGUCCCAGUGGUUGUGGUUCGACCUACCGAGAAACGCAUUAAGAAAAAGGCCAAACGUGCCAAUGACUCUGCCCGACAGACCUACGUGAGCAUGUUAGCCGCAAAUGCCGGGAAACAUGAGGCCGAUAGUGAGGCAAGUAGCACUUAUGAGCUUGAGGUCCACAACUCGCCCGAUGAAGAAGCGCACCAAGUCGCACGUGCUUUGGGACUGCCUGCAUCUUUCGAUCCUACGAUUAAGCCCCUCAACCAUAGCCAGAUAUCGAGUCGCAGAUCCCCCGACCCUACUGCUACUGCGGGCCCUGUCAAUGAGUCGUCGGAGAACCAGAGAGUUGUCAAAGACGAUGUCAGUGUCGCCGCUGAGAGCGAUGACGAUGAUGAUGACGACGAUGACUCUGGAGAGUUCGAAGUUGCGAGCGGGCAACAACUCUUGGACAGGCAGAAGAUGGAUCAACUUCAUAAGAUGGAGGUCGGUGAAGCAGCAGCGUUCAAGAUGAAGGUGGACGAGGAACUCGAUGAAGAAGAUGAUACCCCCUCAGCCUUGAAAGCCACAUCAUAG